AUGGCAUACCCCUCACAGUCGAAUGUAUCUUUGCCAACCUCGGUGACACAAUCGACCCAAAGCCUGUUGAACAGACGCGUUUCUACCGAGGAUUCAUUAUACCAUAUAUGUUUGACCAUAAGGAGACGACUGGAGCUCCUGCCUCAGAUAAGGCCCUAUAUCAACCUUGCACACGCUAGCAGUGAACUUUUGAGCGAGCGUCAGGCCCUUUUGCUCUCGCAGAAGCAACAGUUAAGCCAACAGCAUCGCAGCGUGGGAUCUAGCAUCAGCGGUACCUCGGGCGGGCACAGCGCGAAACAUAUCUAUGACAGACGGAUAAGUGGGGCAUCGAGUAACAGCUAUGCCGAUGAUACCGAAGCUUCGAGUCUCAGUGUGGAAGAGACAGUAUUAACUUUCAGCAUGGGCAUUCUGCCGAUUUCCAUGGAUUGCGACCCAGUCACUCAGCUGUCACAUCUUUUUCAACAGGGCUCUCCGCUAUGCAUAAUAUUCAAUGCUGUGAAACCACAGUUCAAGCUUCCCGUGGUUUCGUCGGAUGACUUAAAGAUUUGCAAGAAGUCCAUCUAUGAUUUUAUUUUAGCGUGCAAAAAUUACUUCACUUUCAGCGAUGAGGAACUUUUCACCAUUUCAGACGUGUUUUCGAAUGCCACAGACGACUUCAUCAAGGUUCUUGAUGUGGUGACCACACUUCUCGAUGCGGCACCACAGGUUUUUCCACCAGUGCAGGUCGAGGAUGUCAAGUGGUCCAAUACAGAACAUGGUAAAAUAGUACGGGAAUUUGUGGAAACAGAACGCAAAUACGUGUGCGAUUUAGAAGUUUUGAACCAGUAUCGCAACCAGCUUCUACAAUGUGGAAUUAUAAGCUCUGACGAACUUUACAUGCUUUUUCCAAACCUUAACGACAUCAUUGACUUUCAAAGACGCUUUUUGAUAUCAUUGGAGAUCAAUGGUCAGGUUGAACCCUAUAAACAGAGAAUAGGUGCUUUAUUCAUGCACUCAAAGCAUUUUUUUAAGCUUUAUGAGCCGUGGUCAAUCGGCCAAAAUGCAGCCAUAGAUUUCAUAUCCUCGAGUUUCGACAAGAUGCAAGGAUCGGAUUUUGUUAUUGCGAACAAGUUAGAGCUUCAAUCAUUUUUACUGAAACCUGUACAGAGGUUAUGCAAAUACCCGCUGUUGUUAAAAGAACUAAUUCAGCAAUCGGCUGGAAGUACUAAUUACAAAGAACUGGAGAUGGCAUGGGAGAUCUCAAAGAGUACAACUCGCAGUAUAAACGAAAACCAAAGAAGAACUGAAAAUCAUGAGGUAGUCAAAAAACUCUAUGGCCGUGUAGUAAAUUGGAAGGGCUACCGGAUAGCUAAAUUUGGCGAGCUGCGGUACUACGACAAGGUAUUUAUCUCCACGGGAAACCCUAAUGAGGCUGAACAUGAAUUUGAGGUGUACCUUUUCGAGAAAAUCAUCAUUCUUUUUAGCGAGUUGACGCAGAAGAAGCCAAAUAGUAUAUCCUUGAAAAAGAAGUCAAGUACCAACUCGGCGUCUACCUUGCAUCUCAGCGGUAUGAAUAGUGCUACAUCAACAUCCGGUGCCAAUCCCACAGAAGCGAAGCUGGAUCUCCGGGGCCGAAUCAUGAUUGUAAACUUGAAUAAAAUCAAUCCAAUGGAUAAUCGUGGUCUAAACAUUACCUGGGAAUCUCCGAAAGAACAAGGAAACUUUGUGCUCAAGUUCAAGAACGAAGAAACCCGAGACAAUUGGCAUAGCUGCCUUCAAACACUCCUGCGACAAAUUCGGAAUGAGUCACUGAAAAGCAACAAUAGCAAUAGCGAUCGCUCGUCAUUUUCAUCUAGCACCUACUAUCCGCACAACAGUAUAACUUCUCUCAGCGGCAUUCAAAGUAGGAGGGUAUCGGAUGUGCUACCGAAACAUCAUGGGUAUCAGUCAUUUGAAAACGAGUACCGAUCAAUAUCUGAGAACUACAGAGCCUCGAUACCUGAGACAACUCUGUUGAUCCGGAUCUCUUUUCAAAACGAUUUCUAUACAGUUUUAGUUGAGAUUGGCUCAGGAGUCGAAAACCUCCUACAGAUGGUCAGACGAAAACUGACACACGCAGGUAAUAUUACUAAAGUAAAAUAUCAAGACGAAGAUGGUGACUACGUUAUGCUCGAAAGUGAGGAAGAUUGGAAUGUGGUAAAGGACAUGCUCAAGGAAAGCAAUGAGCGCAUCUUGAAUGUAUGGGCGUUUGCUUAG